GUGGAGAAGAACCGCAACGCACAUGCGCAGGAAGGCUUCGUCACGUGACGCAUCGACUUCCUGAGGUACGUCACGUGAUAUGGACGCCACUUGCGGCGAAGAUGUCAUCUUGAGGGAUUUGAUUUUCUGACAGGGUGGUGACAGGAGAUCCAGGAGGAAUGGAUGGAUUUCAUGUGAACUUUCCAGAGGUAGUGUGCCUUGGGGCCACCUUUACCCUCUCAGGCAUCUGCUACUACCUCUAUAAGAAGAGCCGGAAGACACUGGAUACACUUGAUGCGGCUCCACACUUCCCCAUAGAUAAAAAUCUCAAAGACAUCCUGAAAGUUACUCCAGGAGCAUGUCUACAGUACGCUGUUAUCGAAGGUGCCGUGCAACCAGUGGGCGAGCCUCUUUCGAGUCACUUCCAAAAAGAAUGUGUCGGAGUGUUGCAGAAAUUCACAUUGAAAGAACACAGGCUGCUGUGGAACAGCCUGACACGCUCUUGGACGGACAGUGAACGAAUCGUGCACCAGAGAGUGAACGCGGUGCCGUUCGUGUUAAUGGGAUCCAAUGAGACCUCGGUCAGAGUCCUGUGUCCUCUGCAGGCCUCUGGAUUCCCCAUGGAGAUCACCCACGAAAAGUUCCACCAGGUUAAUUACGGCUUGAGUGACAUCGUAGGACAGUACCUCAGUGGGGAGAAGCUCAAAGGGCAACUAGAGAUCGAAGAAAUGCUCAAGGUUGGCACAGUCCUUACAGGCGUAGGGGAGUUGACAUUGGAGACAGACGGCACCCUGAAUCUUCAACCUCCCUCCAACGGCUCACAGUACUUCUUGAGCAUUACAGACUUUGACACCCUGCGCGGGGAGCAAGAGAACACAACUGUUUUGUGGAAGGUGCUCGCCAUCGUCUCUUCUUUGGCGGGAGCGGCGGUCCUUUGCUGGAUCUGCCGACGCUACUAUUACCAGCUAAAAACUCGCUGGGAGCAGGAGCGGGAGAGGAGGGAAUUUGAGAGGCUCCUGGCCGACGCACCAAGAGCGCGAGCUCCAGCGGCGGGCCCCGAGGCUCCUCAUGACGGGGCGGAGGAGCACAUAGAGAACGCCUGUGUGAUUUGUCUCAGUCAGCCACGUAACUGUAUUCUGUUGGACUGUGGACAUGUGUGUUGCUGCCACAGCUGCUACCAGGCCCUCCCACAACACCGAUGCCCCAUAUGUAGACAGACCAUAAGCAGAGUGGUGCCUCUCUACCACGUCUGACACACCUGUGCGACCACAUGACCUCAGUGGCACUUAACCACCAUACAAACUGUACCAGAUUAAAGGAGACAUAUUAUGCUCACUUUCAGGUUCAUUAUUUUUAUUUUGGGUUACUACUACAGUAGUAUUAACUGCUCCUCUCCCUGAAGUCAUCCUCUCUGCCAUGCUCCAUAUCAGGACUGUGAUAAUCAUCUCCUCGCCUCCAACUUAAAGCACUUGGUGUUUUAUUUCACCGAGAUUUUAAACUAGAUGUACAUGUAAAAACGGUUGUCCAAUCAUGUUUUUAUCGGCUACAUAAUAUUGCAAAAAA